AUGCCUGAAGCGAAUCUGCCUGCCGAGCCCAAUCUUCGAGUCACGAUCAUUGCGGCUGACGGACUGUACAAAAGAGAUGUGUUCAGAUUUCCUGACCCAUUCGCGGUCGCGACUAUCUCUGGGGAACAAACCAGGACCACUUCCGUCAUUAGGAAGACCUUGAAUCCCUACUGGAAUGAGUCUUUUGAUAUGAAAGUUACAGAAGACAGCAUUCUUGCCAUACAAAUAUUCGACCAGAAGAAAUUCAAGAAGAAGGACCAAGGAUUUCUCGGAGUCAUCAACAUUCGCAUCGGCGAUGUCAUUGAACUAGACGUGGGCGGAGACGCAGAAAUGCUGACUCGGGAUCUUAAGAAGUCUACCGACAAUCUCGUCGUCCAUGGCAAGUUGAUCAUUAAUCUGUCCACGAACCUGAGCGCGCCGCCUCCCAAUCCCCAGGCCAAUCGGCCACCCGCGAGUAGUACCCCGAGCAUCAACGGGUCGGCCUCGCUUGGUAGCAGCACCAACGUAAACCAGUCCUUACCCAUUCGCUCAAGAAGCCCUGCACCAUCGCGCACUGCCACAUCAGGAUCAGGAGAAGCAAGAGCUUCAACUACCGCCGUGAAUGGAGCUGGACCACAAGUCUCGACCAAUGGAUCUGGAAGGACAGGAGGCUUCAGCUCUUUUGAAGACAGCCAGGGGCGCCUGCCAGCCGGCUGGGAGCGCAGAGAGGACAAUCUGGGUCGAACAUACUACGUGGACCAUAACACCAGAACCACUACUUGGACCAGACCAUCAAACCACAUGAGUGAGACUGAAGUACGCAAUCGUCUUGAUGCAAAUAUGCAGGUUGAACGACAGCGACAUCAGAAUCGCAUGCUUCCGGAAGACCGUACUGGGGCCAAUUCGCCGAGUCUGCAAGAGUCUCGUACUGGCUCUCCUUCCCAGAAUUCUGUGGCGAUGAUGGCUACAGGUGCGACAACGGCCGGCACCGGGGAGCUUCCCGCUGGGUGGGAAAUGCGACACACUCCAGAAGGUAGAGCUUAUUUUGUCGACCACAAUACAAGAACCACAACUUGGGUUGAUCCUAGGCGACAACAGUAUAUUCGCAUGUAUGGGAACAAUCCUGCUGGCAAUAACACCACCAUCCAACAGCAACCGGUCUCGCAACUUGGUCCCUUACCUAGUGGCUGGGAAAUGCGAUUGACCAACACCGCCCGGGUAUAUUUCGUGGAUCAUAACACGAAAACCACAACCUGGGAUGACCCGCGCUUGCCGUCCUCUCUGGAUCAAGGCGUGCCGCAGUACAAGCGAGACUUCAGAAGAAAACUGAUCUAUUUCCGCUCUCAACCUGCGUUGCGGAUCUUGUCUGGGCAAUGCCACAUCAAAGUGCGCCGGGGCAACAUAUUUGAGGACUCGUACGCUGAAAUUAUGAGGCAAAGCGCUACAGACUUGAAGAAGCGCUUGAUGAUCAAGUUCGACGGCGAAGACGGUCUGGACUAUGGCGGUCUUUCUCGCGAAUUCUUCUUUUUGCUGUCACACGAGAUGUUCAAUCCGUUCUACUGUCUAUUCGAAUAUUCAGCUCACGACAACUAUACCCUACAAAUCAACCCACACUCUGGCAUCAACCCCGAACACCUGAAUUACUUCAAGUUCAUUGGCCGUGUAGUUGGCCUUGCGAUCUUCCACCGCCGAUUCUUGGACUCCUUCUUCAUUGGCGCUUUCUACAAGAUGAUGUUGAGAAAGAAGGUCCAGAUUCAGGACAUGGAAGGCGUGGACGAAGAGUACCACAAGAACUUGACGUGGACUCUGGAGAAUGAUAUCACUGACAUCCUUGAUCAAACCUUCUCGAUUGAAGACGAACAAUUUGGAGAGACCAAAACUAUUGACCUGAAACCCGGCGGUCGAGAUAUCCCUGUUACAAAUGAGAACAAGAGAGAAUAUGUGGAGCUCGUUACUGAGUGGAAGAUUGUGAAGCGUGUCGAGGAACAAUUCAACGCCUUCAUCACUGGCUUCAAUGAAUUGAUCCCUGCUGAUCUUGUCAACGUGUUUGACGAGCGCGAACUCGAACUUCUGAUUGGCGGUAUUGCUGAUAUCGACGUUGACGACUGGAAGAAGCACACCGACUACCGUGGCUACCAAGAGCAAGAUGAAGUGAUUCAAAACUUCUGGAAGGUGGUCCGAACAUGGGAUGCAGAGCAGAAGAGUCGUCUCUUGCAGUUCGCAACUGGCACGAGCAGAAUACCCGUCAAUGGGUUCAAAGAUCUCCAGGGUAGUGACGGGCCUAGACGAUUUACCAUCGAAAAGGCAGGUGAGAUCAAUGCUCUGCCGAAGAGCCAUACUUGCUUCAACCGUCUGGACUUACCUCCCUACAAGACCUACGACGUUCUCAAUUCGAAACUCUCCACAGCCGUGGAAGAGACUCUUGGUUUCGGCCAGGAGUAG